AUGCCCAAAAAAAGGGGUCCUCCCAAGAAGGGUCCUUCUACCUUUUCGAAGCCUGAACCAAUCUCGAAACCAGUCUCCAAAAAGUCAAAUGCCCCGCCAGAAGCCUCUUCGCCUGCUCUUCAGUCUGAAGAGGAGCAGCAGCGUCUUCUCGAUAUCUUUUCCAGUACCUUCAGCGAUGUUCUCACCUCAGAUGAUUUCUCCAAGCUUCUUCAAGAGAUAAAGCAAGCUUUGUUUAAUCGAGAAUUUGCGACUGCUUUUGGGAGAGAGGACUAUAUUGAAGCAUAUGCUGCUCGAUGGAGCCCCACGCGAGCCCUGUGUUAUGCUACUGUCUUUCUAAGCAUCAAGAAGCAUCUGAAAGAUAUUCUGUUUCCAUUUAAGGGAGCUGUGAACGAGGAGCCGCAGCUAGCUAGUGCGAGUGCGGUGUCAGACUCACAAACGGUGGCGGAUCCAGCUCAAGACGACGCAAAGGAUAACCACGAAGAGAGUCAACCUGCUGAAAUAGAAUCAACUCAAAAUCUCAAACUUGACAAUGCCUCUUCGGGAAAAGAGCCUGCUCUACACAUGCUAUCUGUCGGUGGAUGUGCAGCCGAGCACAUCGCCUUUGCCUCUUAUCUCCAGACAACUUCGACCAGUGGCUGUCUAACACUCCUCGAUUCAGGUCCAUGGGCAACAGUUGUCUCUCUCCUCGAAUCCAGCACUCUCAACCCACCUCCUAUUUCAAAAUACGCUUCUGCAGCUCGUCAAGCUUCCAACCACCCCCUCCUGGAAAAGGAUCAGCUCUCCCUUAAUUUUGUUCAACUGGAUGUCCUAGAUCUCGACAUGGAAUCCCUAUCAGCCCAGUGUGCCAAUGGCCAAGUGCCCAUUGUCUUGACUAUGUUCUUCACGGUCAAUGAACUCUACACAACAGCGGGUAUCGGCAAGACAACCCAAUUUCUAAAGAAUCUCGGGAAAGUCCUUGCGCCUGAUAGUCUGGUUCUCGUGGUGGAUAGCCCAGGAAGCUACUCAGAAGCUGCACUGGGGAAAGAGAAAAAGAAAUACCCUAUGCAAUGGCUACUUGACCAUACCCUUGUAGAAACCGAUACGCCGGGAUACUCGUGGGAUAAGCUACAGUCGGACGAUUCUCUCUGGUUUCGUCUACCAGAAGGUCUAUCAUAUCCGAUCCCCCUCGAGAACAUGCGCUACCAGAUGCACUUGUACCGCUUGCAUAAGUCCUGA